AAACCAGUGGAUUUUUUAAAUCAACUGUUUCCUUGGACGUGAACACAGACCAACUAUUUAGUUCAAAAUUACAUAUGUCAUUUCAGGAUAGUGAUGAAUCGGUACACUUUUCUAGUUUUCUUACUUCCGUUGUCAACUGUCUUGGGAAAUUAUAAAAGAGUUUGUUAUUUUACAAACUGGGCACAGUAUCGACCUGGAACCGGAAAGUAUAUGGCUAGUGAUGUAGAUCCAUAUCUAUGUACUCACGUUAUCUAUGCGUUUGCCAAGGUGGUGGGAAACAAUAUCGAACCGUAUGAAUGGAAUGAUAUUAAUGAGUGGGCCAAAGGUCAGUUUGAAAUGAUCCGUGAUGUCCGAAUUAAAAACCCUGCCUUAAAGAUACUGUUAGCUAUCGGGGGAUGGAAUCAUGGAAGUGCACCUUUCACCAAGAUGGUAGCAACUCAAUCAAAUAUAGACGGAUUUGUCAUAAAUUCAAUGACAUUCCUUAGAGCUAAUGGUUUUGAUGGUCUUGAUCUUGACUGGGAAUAUCCUGCCAACAGAGGAAGUCCUCCCGAAGAUAAACAGAAGUUUACUCAGUUAGUUAAGACAUUACGUACAAAGUACGACAAUGAAGUGUUGAUUUCCGGGAGAUCACGUCUUCUGUUGACAGCCGCUGUGGCAGCCGGUAAAUCUACUAUUGAAAGUGCUUAUGAAAUCGACAAAAUAGCAAAACAUUUAGAUUUCAUCAAUCUCAUGUCAUACGAUUUAUUCAGUGAUUAUAACAGCGUUACACAACAUAACAGUCCUUUAUAUGAAUCUUUGGCUCCAAACGAGGCCUUUAAUGUAGAUUUUGCUGUUAAGAUGUGGUUGAAUGGAGGAACACCGAAACAUAAACUGAUUGUGGGAAUGGCAACCUAUGGAAGAUCUUUUACAUUAAGAAACAUAGCUGAGACAGGAUUUGGUGCUCCUACCACUGGUCCAGGUACAGCUGGAACAUAUACCCGAGAAAAAGGAUUCCAAUCGUACUAUGAGAUCUGUACCAAUAUCAACAGUCAUGGAUGGACGGAAGGUUGGUUAGGAGAUCAACAAGUACCAUAUGCCUAUAAAGGCGAUCAAUGGGUUGGUUUUGAUAAUCCUAAAAGCAUUGAAAUAAAGACAAAGUAUAUCAUAGACAAUGGUUUAGGUGGAGGUAUGAUAUGGGCAAUAGACAUCGAUGAUUUCCAUGGCAUAUGUGGGCAUGGAAAAUACCCGAUAAUGCAAACAAUGAGGAAGGUUUUCAAUGGAACUGCGGGUCCUCCUGUCUUUGAACCGACAUCAAUGACCGAUUCGACGACAAAGACAUCGAUUACUGAUUCAUCAACAAAGGCAUCGAUAACUGACUCAACUAAAUCAUCGAUGUCAUCAGGCUUACAAGAAGGUUGUAAAAGCAACAACGGAUCAGUUGAUAUUGUUCUUGGAAUUUUACUGGCUGUAUCGCUGGCAACAAUUAUUAUGUUAAUCCUUUACAUCUUCAAACUAAAGGGUUACGAGGUCAUGCUGUGGCAUAUUACUAUAAAGAAGAAUAAAGCAAAACAGUAUAACAACUUACAAGACUCAAGUAAUGUAUUGCCGAAUGUAGGUUAUGUUUCUUAA